AAUACACAUGUUAUUGAAACAUGGCUGCUUUCCUCAUUCGACCUUUCGUUGAUGCAGGUUCUAUUAAAAUGUCAUCUAAAUCUACGCUAUUUUACAAAUAUGCCAAGCAGUUGGUCGGAACCCAAAAACAUUGCUUUUCUAUUUACGCUAGGCUUCUGGCAGCACCGCCUGCAGCAGCGGGUAAGAAAGUUUUCGUACGAGAUAAACCACACAUGAACAUUGGGACGAUAGGUCACGUCGAUCAUGGAAAAACAACUCUGACGGCGGCGAUUACGAAAGUUCUUGCUGAUGAAAAUAAGGCCGAUUUUAAAGCGUAUGCCGACAUCGACAAUGCACCUGAAGAAAGGAAAAGAGGUAUCACUAUUAAUGCUGCAACUGUUGAAUAUUCGACAAACACACGCCACUAUGGGCAUGUUGAUUGUCCAGGUCAUGCAGAUUACAUAAAAAAUAUGAUAACUGGUACAACUCAAAUGGAUGGUGCAAUUCUGGUUGUUGCGGCCACAGAUGGAACAAUGCCCCAAACUAGAGAGCAUCUUUUACUUUCCAAACAAAUUGGAAUAAAACGGUUGGUCGUAUUCAUCAACAAAGCAGAUGCUGCAGACAAAGAGAUGCAAGAAUUGGUUGAGAUGGAGAUCAGGGAACUUCUAACGGAGUUUGGCUAUGAUGGAGAUGGAACACCAGUUAUUAUUGGAUCAGCUCUUAAAGCUCUUGAUGGAUCAGACAAAGCCAUUGGAGAGGAGAAAGUUAAAGAACUUUUAAAUGCAGUUGAUGAAUAUAUCGAAACACCAGUUAGAGAUCUGGACAAACCAUUUUUCAUGCCAAUUGAUGGCUGUUUUAGUAUCCCAGGUAGAGGCACAGUUGUUUCUGGAAGAAUAGAACGAGGUGUAAUUAAAAAAGGAGACGAAUGUGAAAUAAUGGGCUUUGACAAAAAGUGGAAGGCUAAUGUUACUGGUAUUGAAAUGUUUAAGAAAAGUUUGGACCGAGGUGAGGCAGGUGAUCAGUUAGGUGCACUAAUUCGUGGUGUUAAGAGAGAAGAAAUGAAGCGAGGCCUUUGCAUGGGUAAACCAGGAAGUAUGUCUAUGAACAAUCGUUUUGAAGCCCAAAUAUAUUUACUUUCUAAGGAUGAAGGUGGAAAAAACAAACCAAUUACAUCAUUCUCUCAAGUUAUAACAUUCUGUAACACCUGGUCUCAGCCGGCACUACUAGAGAUUGUUGGUAAAGAUUUAUUAAUGCCUGGGGAAGAUGGCAAAAUCAUAUUUAACAUGUUCAAAAAAAUGGUUCUCGAGAAAAACCAGCGUUUCACCCUCAGAGAUGGCAGUGUUACUUUAGGUUACGGUGUCAUUAGUGAUGUGUUACCAGAUAGAGAUCCUGAAGAAUUGGACAACACACGCAGGGCACUCAAGAAGCAGAAGCAGGCUGCACAUGAGAAGGAGGAAUAAAUUUGUUCACUGUCUGUCUGUCUACCACAUGUUGACUGAAAGAGUUUGAGUAGUGACAUUUAGCCUUGUUUUAUGUGAGUUGGGAAUGAGUUUCUUGGUGCAUAAAUAGGUUGGCAUUCUUUUUUUUUUUUUCUAGAUUAACAAAGGGAUAAGUCCAUAGUGUUUUUAACUGUAGUAUUAAAUAACAAUCUCUGUAGUUUGACGUUCUUUACACAAGUUAAGUAUUCCUACUUAGCCAGAUUGUUGUUAUAGUAAAGGCUCAUGUAGUAAAGAUGCUUUAUAUUGGAGUCAUGAUCUAAGUAUGGGUAGGCAAAGUCUUAUCAUUGUCAUUCUUAAAAUUCUUCUUGCAUUGUUACAAAAGUUGAUUAUAAAAAAUAUGUGUAGAUUGAACAAAAUAUAUGAAGUCAAUUGUUCUAUUUUCUCUACACAUUUCAUCUAAUUUAUUGAACCACUUAUGAAAUGACAAUGAGUUUUGUAAUUUGUUAAAAUAUAAGGCAUAUUUUCAUGUGAUUUUUGCCAACCAGACUGAACUGUUGCUAACUAUUUUGUUUUGAAUGCACUUGACUGUAUGACAUCAUUCAUUUCUUUUAUAAAAUUUUUGUCAUUAAAAUUAUUGUACUUACCAG